GGAUAUGAAAAAAUCAACUAAGUCCGUUCCAGAAAUAAAGAAAAAACAUAAAGGGAAGGCAUCUGACCGAGCUAAAGAUAAACAUCCAAACACGAAACCACUUCAAGAUAAUAUAUCUGAUGUCAAGAAAAAGAAAAUUUCAGGAGAAUCGGAAAAGAAAAAGCUAGCAAAGUUAUUUAAUGAGAAAUUGUGUUUGUUAGAUACACCACCCAAGAAGCAGAAAAGGACUUCCAAAUCAGAAAGAGAAAAGCUUGCUGAAUUAUUUGGUGCCAAAGUCACAUUGUCUAGUCCAAAACAUGAGAAACAGGAUCCAGAGAAGAGAGAUGAAACUUUAACAAGUCAACACAAGAAAACUAAAAAUUCAGCUAAACAGCCUAUACUGCAAGAAUUUCCUCAUGGUCAACAGAAAAAGAAGAAAUCAAAAAGGAAGAAAAAUGAAGAAAAGUGGGAAAGUCCUAUCAAUGUAAAGAUGCCGACAGUAAUACAAACUAAGGAAUCGGACCAGGGAGGGACAGCUGAUGAGUGUGAUGAGGGUCAAGAAGAUAGAUCUAGAAGCAUGUCAGGAUUCUGUCCCCCUCCAGGAAUUGUCCACGAAUCAUUGGUGAAAGCAAAAGAGAAGUCAAAGAAAAAGACAUCCCUGGAUGUUGAUGAGGGUGAUGAAGAUGAAGAGGAAAAACCGAAGAGAGAGAAAUCUAAACGUGACAUGAGUAAAGACUUCAGGACAGUGUUUGUAGGCAAUCUUCCCGUCACCACCGAUAAAAAGGGGCUUUACAAGUUAUUUAAGAAAUUUGGAUCGAUUGAGAGUGUUAGAUUACGCUGUGCACCCAGAUCAAACACAAAGUUACCUAAAAGGGCUGCUAUAAUCUUGAAAGACUUCCACCCAGAACGGGACAACAUCAGUGCUUAUGUCUGCUUCAGGGAGGAGGACUGUGCCAAAAAGGCCCUGAAAAUGAAUGGAAAACUAGUUGAAAACCUUCACAUUAGAGUUGACAUGUCGAACCAUGACCCAAGGACGGAUUUUAAGCGCUCCAUCUUUGUUGGCAAUCUUGCACUAGAUGUCAAGGAAGAAGAUAUAAGAAACCAUUUUGUUAGCUGCGGAAAAAUUAGAAAUGUUCGCGUCAUUCGUGAUAACCAGUCUGGUGUUGGCAAGGGAAUCUGUUAUGUAACAUUCAAGUCCAAGGAUUCUGUGGGACUGGCGAUGAAACUGAAAGGCUCAGAGCUAUCUGGCCGUAAAGUGAGAAUAGAAUAUUUCACCAUGUUCAAGAAAAAUAAGAAGAGACCAGAAAUUUCCAAGCCUCUGAAUUUUGAGCACCGAGUCCACACAGGGUUUGACUCUGAGCAUGGGAAAUAUGUGGGUCUCCCCCCACAAUGGAUGGGGAUCAUCAUUCCAGAGCAGCAGCAAGAACGGCGGAAACCCAUGGUGGACCCCUCUACUAUUACAGACAUGGAAAUCCAACCCCUCAAGACAGUCAUCCGGGGAAGCUCUGCUCAGUUAAAUGGAUAUCAUGGAGGGAUUUCUGUAGCCAGAUCAAACUCUUUACGACAAAGCAGCCCCCCACAACAGAGGAGGAGGUAUGUUCCUGAUUCUAUGUACCCCGUCCCAGAGGCUCAGCAUGACCGGUCACCAAACCAGGACAGGAUUCCUCCAGGAUAUCCCACAAAUGGACGAGGGGACCCAAACUUUGACCAGUACCCAGGUGAUUAUCGACAGGACCCUAGAUACCCUCCUCCAGAUCAUAGGAGGGAUAACAGAGAUCCGAGAGGAUAUCGAGACCCAAGGGAUUAUCAAAGGGAUCCCAGAGAAUACCAGCGGGAUCCUCGUGAUUAUCCCAACAGAGGUCCCCCACCCCAGGGAUACAGGGAUGGACACAUUAUGGAGCAUGACCGUCGUUCAGAGGACUACAGAGGUCCAAAUGAUUCCUUUGAUCGGAGAGGAAAUGAUUCCUUUGAUCGGAGAGGAAAUGACUCUUUUGACAGGAGAGGUCCGAAUGACAGUUUUGACCGAAGAGGUCACAAUGACUCUUUUGACAGAAGGCAGCCUAACAAUGACACUAUGGACCGACGGGGUCCCAAUGAUUCUUUUGAUCAUGAUAGGUCACGUGACCAGGAUAUGUCCUACCCACCUGCCAAAUAUAACCACAUGCCUCCUGGAAUGCCUCAUGGGGGGAGGAGUCCUCCAAGACACCCUGAAGAUUUCAGACAUAAUCAAAUCUCCAAUGGGCCAGGUCCUAAUCGUCACCAAGGAAUGCAAGGCUUCAACAAGCAGCCCCUGCCUCAUCAUGAUAAUGUACCUCAUCCACAGCAGGGCUAUCAACAGGCACCUCCUAAAAUGGGACCUCCUCAGCAAUCCCCCACCAAACCUCCUCCCAGCGGGUCAAUACCUGAACAACAGAGACUAUCACAUGAACAGUUCAGAGCAGCAUUACAAAUGGUGGUCAGUCCUGGAGAUCCGAGGGAGGACUUGGAUAAUUUCAUCAAGAUUGGAGAAGGAUCAACAGGCAUUGUGUGUAUAGCUACACAAACCAGCACAGGGGCUCAGGUGGCUGUAAAGAAGAUGGACCUCCGUAAACAACAGAGGAGAGAACUUCUGUUUAAUGAGGUGGUGAUCAUGAGGGACUAUCAUCAUCCUAAUAUUGUAGACAUGUACGACAGCUUCCUGGUUGGUGAUGAAUUAUGGGUAGUGAUGGAGUUCCUAGAAGGUGGCGCUCUUACAGACAUUGUAGUAAACCAGACAAACAACAAGAUUGAUGAGAACCAAAUAGCCACAGUGUGUAAAGCUUGUCUGAAAGCUCUCUCCUUCCUUCACUCCAACGGAGUCAUUCAUCGUGACAUCAAAUCAGAUUCCAUUUUACUCUCACAGGAUGGAAAGGUAAAGCUAUCUGAUUUUGGAUUCUGUGCACAAGUUACUCAAGAACUGCCGAAAAGAAAAUCACUGGUGGGGACUCCGUAUUGGAUGGCUCCAGAGGUCAUUUCAAGGCUGCCAUAUGGACCAGAGGUUGAUAUCUGGUCCCUGGGUAUAAUGGUGAUAGAGAUGAUCGAUGGGGAACCCCCCUUUUUUAAUGAACCCCCACUUCAGGCAAUGAGGAGAAUCCGAGACAUGCCUCCACCAAAGCUCAAGAAUGCACACAGAGUGUCGCCAAGGUUACAAGGUUUCCUUGAGAGGAUGUUGGUUCGUGACCCAGAUCAGAGAGCUACGGCAUUUGAAUUACUGCAGCACCCAUUCCUGAGGGGUGCAGACAAGCCUAGCUGUCUUAUUCCACUGAUGAGGAGUUUUAGGCACAGCUUGGGAAAGCUUGGACCACAUAGAGUGUCAAAUUAUCUCCCCGAAAUCCGCAAUUUAACUCUCAAGUCGGGCUCGGAAAUCGUCACGAUGAAGCUGAAGGAAAAUGUUCCCUUUUCAGUAACAGAAUUGUGGUCAACAAAAACAGAUUACAGAUUUAAUUGCUUGUGUUUAGGCACGCUCUUCAGAGAAUCUGGAUUAAAUCUGGUAGUGGGCGGAGAAGAUGGUGUAAUACGAGUUUACGAUUUGACAAAGGAUGGCGGAUACAAGUCUACACAGCUCUCAUUGGAGACAAAGAGUGGUCCAGUUCAGGCAAUGAAAAUAGAGGACAUCACAAAAUUCUAUCACAAUGAUUUAGUGGCUGUUGAUUCGUGUGGGAUGAUGACAGUGUUUUGUAAUCGUCAGAUUUUAUGUCGACAGAGCAUCACAGACAGCUGUCUCAACUGUCUCCAGAUACAAAAAGAUAAAACUGGUAAUAUGGCUAUCAUACUUAGCAGUGAUAGUGGUGUUGUGUGUGGUGUUCUUCCAUCAAAUGUGUUGUGGCGCAUCAAUCUGAAUGACCUUAAGUUAAAUCAGGUGUGUAGUUCGACUUUGUCAGUGAAAUGUCAGCUGACAGUGAACCUCACUAAUGAACACAAUCAGAGAUCUAGUUACGUCCUUGUGUCAGACAGUGACUGUCAACUGUACGUCAUCCACCAAGGGGCUGUUGUCAUGGUGAUAAAAACUCCCAGCAUCAUCACCGCUAUGUGCAGUGGAAAUUUUGUAAAAACAGAGAAGCUACCAGUGACCUUGUCAACCACAUCAGAGUCAAGGUCAGGAGAACAAGUUGCUCUGGGGUCAGACACAGGAGCUCUCUUUAUUUUCCACAACUUUUCUAUAACAGAAUUUGCCAAUGCUCAGUAUCCCAUCACCAGCUUGAGUAAGCUCCCCUUCCCAGAUCUGGAGCAGGAUCUUCUCUUGUGUGCUGGCUACUUCAAUGAACUGCUGAUCUAUUCAGAUGGCAAGCUCCUGGACAAGUUUACCACUUCAGAUUGGAUCGGCGGCGUGGAGACAGCGGAUAUUGACAGUGAUGGUGUACAGGAAGUAGUUAUUGGUUGCCUGGACAACACACUACAUUCCAUCAAGUUCUCCCCUCCCUAAUAAGCCAUAAUAAAGAUUUAUUUAUAUA